UCCCCAAGUGCCUCUUUACCCGCCGAUUUCCCUUUCCCGGGGGCCCACUCCACGUGGAGGCGCUGGGUAAUCGAACUAGCUCUGUAUCUCAAACGCGGUCUCCACCAAAAGUGCCAGAGCCCUUUCGGCGGGACCUUUUCGGCGUGCCGUGAACGCGGCGAGGUGGUACGAAGCACUCACAUUUCCAAAUAUAUAUAAAUUGGGCAGGUUCCAAAGCAACUUUGCAGUAAGACCAACGACAACAUUGCUACUUUUGCUGCUGGUGUUAAAAACGUGGUACCUGCCAGCUGGUACAUGCAAGUAAGCUUGCAUGCACUUACCAUGCGUCGGUGAUGCUUAGCCAUGCCCUCAGCCAGUUUCUCGAACAACUACCAAAAAAACGGAGGCAAGAAUAAUGCAGAAGAUACAGUGCGUCUAUUGUAGUGAUUGACAAACAUCCGCUAAAAUACGAAGGCUGUACUAGUCAGAGUCCUACUAUUUUUUGACGGCUGUAACAUCAACAAGUUACCAAGGGAAGUGCUUCUAUUUUUUGUGGAGUUAACGCUACCGAAACAGGUUUUGAGGACGGCACCUUUUCGUAUUAUAAUACAUGCGUAUACAAACGGAGAGAUCUCCCUGUUUUUCGUAUUUCAUUCGUUGUUCGGUAAGUGCGGCAGUAUUUGUGUCGGGAGCUCGUCGCCUAGGCGCUGCGAGAAUUUUCGAACACCAUGUGAAAGGACGACCCGCUACUAUCUGAACAGAGAACGACGCUGCGGAACAGUCAGACGAUGAGUUGAGCGAAGACACGAAGUGACUCGUGUCCGGCUGCCGAGAGGUGACGGCGUUACCGCUCGCCGUCGUUUUCGCCACGCUUCUGUGUCGCCGUAUUGAACAGCUAAGGGUAGCAAGGAACAGAAAGGAUAGACUGCUGGAAGCAUCGUCUAUGCUGGAAGCAGCAACGGGUGCAUUAGUGACGCUAACUGAUGAAUCUGUGGUGACGGAAAUGAGGCCAACCAAAGAGAAAAUUGUGGAGGUUAUGAUGAAAGAAGCGAAAAUGAUCACUCUAAAAACUUCCUUACCAGGGAAGCGACGACUGUGACUCUGAUAUUGAAGAAGAAGAAGUAAUUGCGGACGGCACCUGAGUCUCUAACGCGUUAGGAAACUGUAGGCAAUUUUUCUUUGUCACGUCAGUCUUUGUAACGUAACCCGCCAUGAUAAGGGCUUCACGACCGUAGCUAGACCAUGUAUGGAUUCUUCUGUUCAGCUCUUGAGGAGUUUAUCGUUGAGAAACAUGGACGCGAUGCGUGGAUUAAAAUUUUACGGAAGAGUCACGUAAAGCUGCAUGGUGGAUCCUUCCUCCUACACAAGCAAUAUCCCGACGAUCUUCUUCUGAAACUCGUGCAAUCUGCCGCCGACACAAUCGGUUUAAGCCCCGACGAUGUGUUAGAAGAGCUGGGCUCCCAUUUCCUCAGCUAUUGUUUGGCGCGAGGCUACGACAAAAUGCUUCGCGUAUUGGGGUCCAACCUCUCGGACUUCUUAAGUAAUCUGGAUAACCUCCACGACCAUGUAACGGUGUCCUAUUGCAACAUGAAGGCGCCAAGUUUCCGCGUCACGCCGGGGCCAAACGGUUCCAUUCAUCUCCACUAUUAUUCGACACGAAAGGGCCUGCAGGGUAUCGUGCGUGGACUAGUUAAAACGGUAGCGCGUGAUUUGUUCGAAACUGACGUCAGUAUAGGGAUUUGUCGGGUGCUCGAACAGGCUGGUGAGAGGUACCACUUCCUCAUGGAAAUCUCAGAUAACUCCCUCCUCAAGGUCAACAUGUUGCAGGUUGCAACUCCUGACGGCGUGCGCCGCGGAAGUGGAGGAAGUAGCUGUGGAAAUAGGAGUAAGCGAUCGUCGUUCGCCUCUGCACAUAUCACCGACCACCUCAGCAAGCAACCCCAGGAUCUGUGCAUUUCAACACGAACCCUCUGUACAGCACUCCCGUUCCAUGCACUUUUUGAUAGGGACCUGAUUAUAUUAGAAGUAGGAGACGCGCUGCGUGCAAUGAUCCGAAACAGCGUAUGGACAUCGUCAUCACUCGGCGGUCCAGCCUCCGUCAAGCUUACGGACGUAUUUCGUAUUGCGAGACCCGUAUUGGAGGUGAGCUUCGACGCGAUCUUAGACUAUCUCAACCAGGCAUUCGUACUUUUACUCCGCAAUGAUGCCGCUAAUGUGCGGGCGAACGUUGUCGGGAACGAUGCAAUGAGCAAUCUGAAUGAGUCUGUACGCUUCAAGGGCCAGAUGAUUUCGGUCCCGGAGAGCGACACGUUAUUGUUCGUAGGCUCUCCACGUUUUACAGAAAUCGAGGAUAUGGCUCGUACGGGUGUCUACUUUUCUGAUUUUCCUGUACACGACGCUUCAAAGGAUCUCGUCUUGCUCUCGCAUUAUCAAAAAGGCGAGCGGGAACUCGUCGAGAAGCUGGACGAAGCUAGCAAUCACCUCAAGGUGCUCGAAGCGAGGUUGCGUGACGAUAAAAAAAAGACUGAAGAUUUGAUCUGCUCGAUUUUCCCGGCAAAAGUUGCACACUGCCUCCUAAAGGACCUGCCAGUUGAGGCCGAGCAAUUUCCGAUGAUAUCAUGCCUUUUUUCCGACAUUGUCGGCUUCACAGCGCUUUGCAGCAACGAAAAUGUCGUACCUAUGGACAUCAUUCGACUACUCAAUCGGCUGUACGUGCAAUUCGAUGCGCUUACCAACAUCCAUCAAGUGUACAAGGUGGAGACCAUCGGAGAUGCAUACAUGGUGGUUUCGAGUGUUCCCGAACCGAUGGCGGACCACGCCGACCGGCUAGUGAUGCUCGGGCUCGAGAUGGUCACUAUAUCCCGUAAGGUACAAUCGCCUGUACCCGGACAUAAACUUGAGAUUCGGGUGGGCAUCCAUUCCGGGCCAGCAAUGGCAGGCAUCGUAGGUGCACACAUGCCACGUUAUUGUCUGUUCGGCCAUACGGUAACACUUGCCAACCGAAUAGAAGCCCGUAGUCUACCUUCGCACGUCAAUGUUAGCGCAGUGACCAAGGAGCUUCUCAUGGACCAACAGAGAUACUUUUUUCUACGAAACACGAAUUGUAACGACCUGGACGUCAUCUGCUACUUCGUAACAUGCACUUCUAGCUGCCGAUGGAACGCCGAGGAUGAGCAGCUUCCGGUCUCGCUGAACACUGGUGGGGGUCACUUCCGGUCACCAUCCAACUCUCCUCCUGCCGCAGCCUCACCCCACUCUACGUCCAGCUCGCUUUCCGAUUCACCUCUUGAGGUUCAGCUGGAGGAGAUUGAAAACGUCUCGCGCCAGGGGAGCAUUCGGCAAAUUUUCUGCGCUCGAAAGAAGUUCGACCUCCCUUCAGUGUCUGACAUUAUCGGGUCAAACAACGAACGCCGUCACGCCCAGGCGGAAAUAGAUGAACUUCGAAAUAAUCCCAGGGCAUCUCCGCUCCGAUUAACUGAAGCAUGCCAGUCGUCGAAUCCGGACCUUCUGAAAAUUGUGCCAUGUAUCAUCAGCAUCGAGACGGUCCCUAGUCGUCAAGGGUCGCUUGAGGGCGAGUUCGAUCCCGUAUCCAGCCCUACGGCCGGUUCUUUGUUGUCCGAUAUGCGCGACGAGCGCCCGCUAUUAGCGACGCCAUUCGAUGGAAAUGGCUGUAGAAGAGAGCGAGGAGGUGGAGAUAAAAAUGUGCUUCCUCAUAUAUUAGCAACUGAAGCAGCAACAGCGUCACAAGGUUCGAGCGCUAUGAGAGAGUUGGGGCCCGUGCUAGAAGCCAGCUUGCUUGCGCCUGGCCCGGGCCCCAUGAUGUCCCGAGAUCUCCCGAAGAAACUGCCGUCCAGUGAUCAGCUAAGUGCCUUAGCUUGCGCCGACCCCGCCGUACCGGUUGGCGGUGCCAAAAUUAAACCCGUUCGGACUAAAAGCUGCUACGCGUUUGGCUCGAAGAGUGGAGGCGCUGGGGGUAGCGGGGGGCCUGAAGAAGGGUCCGACAGGUCGAACGUAGGCGGGGGUAAUCUUUUCCAUAACAUUAAGGAACGUCUGCUCGACCGCAGCGCCCUCCUAGCCAAAUUGUUCCGCAGAUAGCGCAAGGUUGGGCCGCGAGCCCCCUCCACCGGCCUCUGCUCCUAAUCUAACGUACAUCGAGGAGGUAGCAGAGAGGAUCCGAGCAAAAGAUAGCGGCAGCAGUUAGAAUGAGAAAAACUAAAACAAAAGGGGCUCGGAAGGUGGAAGGAACAAAAAAAGGAGGAGAUUCGUUAUUGUUCUCGAGUCAGUCUCACUCGAUAUCUCAUUGCGUUGCCGGUUAAACAGAUUGACUAUUCUUGACAACACACACAGAUACACCAAAUACGCGGCCCUCCCAAAUACAGCGACUAAUGAAAAACCUGCCCCUGCUGGGUUUGAACCACCGUUCUCCUUCGCCUGCGAUUCGUCCCGACCUCACUGUUUCGCGGUUCGUGGCCCGGAGAUGAAGUCCCCCUACGUCCAACAGUACUGACCAGGUUAGACCUCCUCUGCGAAAAAGGACGAAACGAGACAGUUACGCAAUUUUGGGCUCUCCGCUGAAUCCUUUGCUUCUUCUACCCGACCGUCGCGCAACAGUGCACUUUCCCCCAUAGAAGUCGAUAACGUUCGCAUGCAUACAUAAGACCAUGAGUGAUCGAAAAAGUGGUAUCGGUAUGAUCCAUUGUACACCUUAAUAAGUAGCUGUUGUAAGUAGAAAGUAGGCACGUAAUGGCAAAAAGACAGCGCCACAGCACUGAUGUUAACUAAUGUACUACUAUGAAUAACUUCACACUGAUGUGCUUAAUGAAAACAGAUAAUAACAAAUAAAGCGACGAUUAAUGAAGUAGUACACAACGUAAAGUGAUGUUUGUUGGUCAAUAGUUGAAGACAAACAUAAAGAUGAAUUCCAACCCUUAGAUGUAUCCAAUCACUUGAUAACUUUAUGUAAGUGAAAGGCAGGCUCGUGCGUAGACGUUAUAGUAGCAGACUUCUUCGAUAAAGAAAAAACGUAUUUUCAUUCAAUUUUGAAAGGGGCUUUUGACUUUGAGCAAAUUCCAUAAGCAGGUAGCACCGUCCUUCUAGUUCGUUGACUGAUUGCGGAAGAUACAGAACGAGAAAACAGAUACAUAUAUAUAUAUAUAUAACAAAUAGAGCGGGGGCAUUUUUUUUCAUUCCAGGUCUUUAUGCCUAAUAUAGGCAAGUGUGAGAAGCACCAUUGUCCCGCCGAACAGCUGUGAGGUACCGUGUUUGCUGGGCCGUAGACUUGAUAAGAUGAUCAACGAAGCAAUCGAUGUCAGAAAGUUGCCCAAGCACGUAGGAAUCAGAUGGAUAGAAUCCAAUCAUUAAACACUGAUGACCGUAAUCAAAUGGAAAUAAUAAUAAAGACGAUAGUGAUGGACAGUA